ACCUUGGGCACUGAGAACAAGUUACCUAGCCAGGUGGUGGUCAUCUUCUCCGAUCCAUCCAGGUUCUCGAUCUGGGACCGUGGAGGAACAGGAAACUUCUUCAGAGGUUCUGGAUUGUGUCACAUGACUAAUACAAAAGACCCUGAGAGAGCCAUGGAUGCUUUACCAGUGACCUCCAACUCUGCUGCAGGCCCUGUUACUUUCUCACAGGUCUUUGGCCAGCAAUGUCAACUUAUGGAAGCAGCCGUGCAGUCUAUGCAUACCCUGAAUGACCAGCUCUCGCAUUUUAUCAUGAACAAGUCAAAAAUGCUGGAUGAGGACAAAGAUGCUUUCUUGCCCAGUGAAAAAGAGUCUCUGAAAAAUUCCAUGAUGCUGAUGAGACAUCUCUUAAUGGAUGCACAGGCCAAAAUCCUGAACAUGAUGGAAGACAAUAAGCAGCUGGCCCUCCGGAUCGAUGGAGCUAUCCAGUCUGCCAGCCAGGAGAUGACUAACCUGCGAGCCGAGCUGACAGCCACCAACCGGAGACUGGCCGAGCUGGGCAGCAGCUCCCCGACCCCCUCGAUCAUGGAGAACAACCAGCACAACGCGCAAGUGCUGUUACGAGAAGAAGUGACCCAGCUUCAGGAGGAGGUUCACCUGCUCCGACAAAUGAAGGAAAUGCUAACGAAAGAUCUGGAGGAGACACAUGGCAGCAAGUCAACGGAGGUUCUCUCCGCCACUGAGCUCAAACUCCAGCUGGCACAGAAAGAGCAGGAGCUAGCGCGAGCCAAAGAAGCCCUACAGGGUAAGAGUUAAACCUUCCUGUUGUCUUUGUGCCCAGGU